AUGGACCGCCAUGAUUUCCAUCAUCCGUUCACUCCGUAUGAGAUUCAGCUGCAGUUUAUGCGCGCGCUGUACGCUUCUCUUGAAGAUGGAAAAGUCGCUGUAUUCGAGUCCCCCACUGGUAAACGCGCUAGCCCCUCCUCUCUUGGCCCCGGUCUAACGUCGGUGCAGGGCAAAUCACUGAGUCUGAUCUGUGGCUCUCUCACUUGGCUGCGGGAUCACAAACGCAAGGCCUUCCAGGAGUCGCUCGAUCAGGCAGCAGCCGAUGAUGAUGAGCCGGAAUGGAUGAUCGAAUAUGCCAAACAGGAUUUACGGCGUGCCAUUGCCGAGAAGAGACAGGAAUUUGAGGCCCGACUGGCCAAGAUCAAGCAGGAGGAAGAUCGUUUAAAGUCGGCCCAGGACAAUUCGGAGCGCCCUCGGAAGAAACAGCGAUUGGACGAAUUAUCAUCGCGGCCAGAUACCGAUGCCGACGAUGCUCAAUUUGUACUUGAUGACUAUGACAGUGAAACGGAUGAACGAAAGACACAGAGUGCGUCAGGAGGGGCAGAUGGCCUGUCUGCCAGCACCCUGGCCCUAUUAGAACAGUUUCAGGGUCAAUUCUCAUCCAAAAAGCAGAAUGAAGAUGAAGACGAUGACACGGUCAAGAUCUUCUAUUGCUCUCGUACCCAUUCCCAGCUGAGCCAAUUUGCGGGUGAGCUGCGGCGAGUUGCAUUCCCGUCCAGCGUACCCAAUGACCCCGAUGCAGAGGGCCAAGACGACCUCUUGAAGAUCGAGGAGCGCACCAAGCACCUUUCCCUGGGGUCCAGGAAAAACCUUUGCAUCAACGACAAGGUUCGCGCUCUGGAGAAUAGCACCGCUAUCAACGAGAGGUGUUUAGAUCUGCAGCAACCCGGCGUGCCCGCGGACAGGAAAUGCUCCUACCUUCCCUCCAAAGAUGACGAGGCGUUGGUUCUCCAAUUCCGAGAUCAUGCUCUGGCCACGGUCAAAGACAUUGAGGAUAUUGGUAAAGUCGGGAAAGAAAUUGGGAUCUGUCCUUACUACGCAUCGCGUUCGGUCAUCAAGCACAGCGAGAUUGUGACGCUCCCGUACCCACUGCUAUUGCAGAAAUCUGCCCGUGAAGCCCUCGGUUUGUCCGUCAAGGACCAUGUUGUCAUCAUUGAUGAGGCUCACAAUCUCAUGGAUGCAAUAGCCGCUAUCCACUCCGUGACGGUCUCGUUAAAUCAACUGCAGACUGCCGUCUCACAGUUAACGAUCUAUGCACGUAAAUUCAAGAACCGGUUGAAGGGGAAGAAUCGGAACUACGUUGCUCAGGUCAUCCGACUGGUGAACUCCAUUGCCGACUACCUGCGAGGCAUUUCCCGGCAAAAGGGGCCUCUAGAAGGUUCAAUUCAAGCUUCAGACUUAAUGGCUGGUAAAGGAGUUGACCAGAUAAACCCUUACAAAUUGUCUCGGUAUCUCCAGGAGAGUAAGCUGGCCCGCAAAGUAGAUGGCUAUGUCGAGUCGUCGCAAGAUCAGCAGCAAGGACGACCCGAGGAAAAGACAAGCAUGCCCGUUCUAUUUCACAUUCAAAGCUUUCUCUUGCCUUUGAUGAAUCCAUCGGAAGAAGGGAGACUCUUCUAUCAAAAGGAUCAGGAUAACGUUUUGCUGAAAUACAUGCUCCUCGAUCCUACCAAUCAUUUCCGUGAAAUUGUUGAAGAUGCCCGAGCUGUAAUAUUGGCCGGUGGCACGAUGUCUCCGAUGUCGGAUUACAUGAACCAUCUGUUCUCAUACGUACCAGCAGAACGUCUCGACACGUUCAGCUAUGGCCACGUCAUUCCAAAAGCCAACCUCGUGGCACAGUCGCUUACUCGAGGGCUCCUGGGAUCGGAUUUUGACUUUACAUAUGAGGCACGAGGCUCCGAGAAGAUGAUCACCGACCUGGGUCGGACAAUAGCGACCCUCUGCCAAGUCAUCCCAGACGGCGUCGUUGCGUUCUUCCCGAGUUACGACUACCUGAGUCAAGUAUUGACUGUUUGGAAGAAACCCAUCCAGAAUGGCAACGGCCAAACCACUCUCAGCCUGAUCGAACGGAAAAAGAAGAUUAUUUACGAAUCGCGCGAAGUAGCAAUAACCACCGAUGCCUUGCUUCAAGAAUACACCGAAGCCGUUGAAUCAGGGUCGGGGGCUUUGCUGUUAUCCGUGGUUGGAGGAAAGCUCUCGGAGGGCAUCAACUUUUCCGACCGACUAGGGCGUGGAGUUUUGAUCAUCGGUUUGCCUUUUCCGAACAUUCGUAGUGCUGUCUGGCAAGCCAAGAUCAAAUACAUCGAGGAGAAGACCCUCAAGCUUAGUUCGGGGACUGAUUUGGCGAAGAAGGCAAGCGCUGCGGCAGCUGGGAGAGACUUCUACGAGAAUUCCUGCAUGCGAGCCGUCAAUCAGUGUAUUGGGCGCGCAAUCCGGCAUGUGAAUGACUACGCAGCCAUCGUGAUGAUCGACCGGCGAUACGACUCGUCGCGCAUUCAAGGCAAGUUGCCUGGCUGGAUCCGAGGGAGUCUAGUUUCUUCGCCAUCUGAGCGUCCUGCACAAACGACGGUACGGCGAUUGUCCAAAUUCUUUGCAGAGAAAAAAUAA